AUGCCACUCCCCAAGUCAGAUUACAUGAGCGACUCCUGGAAGGAUGGCCUGUUUGCGAACAAGGUCGUCUUCUGCACCGGCGGCGCGGGCACCAUCUGCAGCGCCCAAGUCCGCGCUCUAGUCCAUCUCGGAGCGAAUGCUUGCAUCAUCGGCCGCAAUGUGGAGAAGACAGAGCGCGUUGCUCAGGACAUUGCGACUGCACGACAGGGUGCAAAGGUGAUUGGGAUUGGGGCCGUGGAUGUGCGGAAUUUCGAGAGCUUGAAGACGGCAGUGGAUCGCUGCGUGGAGGAAUUCGGAGGCAUUGAUUUUGUCAUUGCCGGCGCAGCAGGCAACUUCUUAGCCUCAAUCGAGCAGCUUUCCGUCAAUGCGUUCAAGUCGGUCAUGGAUAUUGACAUCCUGGGCUCGUACAAUACCCUCAAAGCCACCAUUCCACACCUGUUAAAGUCGGGAAACAAACACAAAAUGGACUCGGGGUCGCUCCAGCCAUCUCCCCUCGGCACCGGCGGAAGAAUCAUCUUCGUCAGCGCCACCAUCCAUUACCGGGGCAUGCCCUUCCAGACCCACGUGUCGGUCGCGAAAGCCGGCAUCGACGCUUUGUCGAACAAUGUUGCCAUUGAAUACGGUCCCCUCGGCGUGACCUCCAACAUCAUUGCCCCCGGCCCCAUUGCUCAAACGGAGGGUCUGGAGCGUCUCUUGCCAUCCGAUGCCAAGGCUGCCUACACGCGAUCCCAGCCCCUAGGUCGCGUCGGGCAUGUUCGCGACAUUUCCGAUGCGACGGUAUAUCUCUUUUCUGACACAGGGAGCUACGUGAGUGGCCAGACGCUCGUCGUGGACGGCGCGAACUGGCGCAUGUCGGCUAGUGGUGUAGCCGGUGCCGGGCUGAGCUACCCGGAUUUCCUACUCUCAGGAAUGGAUGUACCCAAUGUUACGGGCAAGAAGAAGUCGAAGCUGUGA